CUUGUUUUGUUUUUCCUUCAACCGCCCUGCAUUGAGUUUUCUGUAUACUAGUAUACAAUUAAGCUCACAUGCACUCCAACACAAGGCACAAUUUUUCCAUCAUCUAACGCAAUGGUCUCAGAACUGUAAUUCAAAGUCUCACCGCUAUCAGUGUCUCCUGACCUUUGCGGCUGCAGACCUGCCAAUCCCACUUAUACAUUCGGGGGAGACGUGUUUGGGGUCUGGAGUAUUCUGGAGUACGGUAUGUUUCCCCGCAUUGAAUGUGGAAAACAAUAUUGGGCACGUAUAUAAUAUGGCACACGGCACCGACGUGCAACUGGCUCGUGAUAUCCGCACUUUGUCUACUGCGACUCUACCGGUACUCUCUGUUUUGCCAGGCGCAAAAUCACAUGCUAGAGAAAUACUAUGUAAAGGAUCUUUGGCUGACCCCCCAAGGUCAUGCGACACCUCAGCUCCACGCUGGAAAAGGCUGCUUCACUCACACUAUUCCUGUCAUGUCUUCUAUCACGUUGCUACGAGUACUUAUCAUAAUAGUCCGUGUUACGUGGACUUCAUCUGGUAUAAAACGCUCAAGCAUGUCACGCACUGAUUAUUUUCAACUUUAGUGAUUGCCUUUCUCCUUCUACUUUUUCAUGCCUUUCCCAGAGGAACGCCGCCAGCGCGAUUCUGUGCGAAAACUCGGUCGUCCACAUUGGUCUACUACGUCAGUUUUCUUUGACUGCGGAGUAAUAUCGUCAUCUUCUCGCUAUCCCACACCUUACGGUAUUCGCUCUAUCCUAUUCCUGUUUAUUGUUAUUGGAUGGAUUUCACGAGCCUGAGCAUCUGGACCCAUUUCACUAACCUGGAGAUGGUGCCUACAAUGUGCUCCACUCCGUCAUUCCCGUGAUCAUUCCCAUCCGAUUAGGAUUGAUCCUUUGUUAGUUACCAUAUCUGAUGAAGUACUUCCAUGAAACAGUUCGUAGCUCCAUCAUUCUCCACUUUGAGCAGUUGCUUGUACCGGAUGCUUGCAAAUACAGUAUCCCCCAAUCAAAAUACUUGAGUCAAUUCAAACGUGGU